AUGGCUCAUCUGACCAUCGUGACAAAAAGAUCAUCGAUGACACAAUGGCCAAUUCAACGAAAUGUUUAUACAUUAGUAUCACAAACUAAUUCAAUGAAUAAAUCAAAUCAACAAGAAAAUACAAAUAUAUUAACAACACAUAAUAUAAACACACCACGCAUAUGUUCAACAACUAAUCAGUCUACAUCUCAGCAACAACAACAACCUUCAACAUUUAGCAAUUUCGAUGAUAGUCUAACGAAUCUCUCAUGGUUACAUGAUAUAAAUAUAAUAAAACGUACGAUGCCACCAAUAAAUUCUUCUUCAUCUACAACAAAUAAUAAACGUAAAGAACAGUCAUCGUCUUAUUCAUCGUCAUCAAACCGUGAUAGUAUUCAUCCUAAUGAUAUAUCUGAUAAUCAUGAUUUACCAAUAAAUAAUGAUGAUGACGACGAUCAAUGGCGUAUGUAUAAAACAAAUCCACAAGCAAAACCGGUCUAUUCAUAUUCUCAACUUAUCCUAUUAGCUAUGAAACAAUCUGGAUAUGAUAAAAUGACAUUACAAAUGAUAUAUGAUUGGGUUGCAGAGAAUUUCCCAUAUUUUAAAAAAAUGGAACCAACUUGGCAGAAUUCUAUUCGACACAAUUUAUCAUUAAAUAAAUGGUUUAUUAAAGUUCCACGUACAAAAAAAGAAGCUGGCGGUGGCAAAGGUGGCUUUUGGAAAUUAUCAUCUGAUUAUGAAAGACAACGUUCGUUAAUUUAUAUUCAACAACAACAACAACAACAACAACAACAAAUGAAUUCUACACCUAAUAAACGUGUACGUCAUUCAAAACGUUCAACACCAUCAACACCAUCAUCAUCAUUAAAUCAAAAUAUAUCUAGUAAUGUAACACCUUUAAUAAAAAAUUCUUCUCGUAUAUCUUAUGAAAAUAUUAAAACUGAACCAUGGAUUGAUCCAAUACUUCCAUGUAUUGGAUCAAAAAGUCAAUCACCACUUCAUUGCCAUACAACAAUUCUUGAUCGUUCAUAUGUACGUAUGCCAAGUAGUUUUCUUUCUCCAACAUCAUCUCCGGACUCUCUAACUGUUUCACCAUUUAAUCAUCAACAAAUACACGAUUUUUCAUCUAUAUUAACUCCAUCACCAUCUACUUCACCAUCAUCAAUGUCGUCAGUCAUUUCAAAACAAAAUUUAAAUGGAACAAAAUUAGAUGAUGCAGAUAUGCUAUUAUUAGAUUCGUCAACAUUCGACUGGGAUGCUUAUUUAUGUGAAACACCAAAUGAUAUUGAUGUUCAACCAUUAUUAUCAUCAAGAACAGAGCAUGAUCUAUUCAAUGAUUUUAGUGCAGCACUAUCGGAUUUAACAUCUUCAGCUGAAGCAGUAGCAGCAGCUGGUGCCGAUACAAAUACUCCGUUUGAUGCAUUCGAUUAUGCAUCAAAAAAUUCAACAUUCAAUUGUUUAUUUGACGAUGAUGAUCAAUCACAACAACAAAUUAUUGAACCUUCUAGUAAUUCAGGAGAUUUAACUGUAAAAGGCUGUGGAAUAAAACGACCCUCGUGGUGGAUUACAAAUGAAUGUGCCACAUCAACUAAACUGCCAUCACUAGAGACAGCUUUUGAUCUCAAAUUAUCUAAAUAA